UUUUGGAAAGGCCACCUUGAGCUUGACCAUCUGGUGUGUAGCGACGAUGCGGGCAAGGGCGUCCUCCCAAUUCCCGUACCUAUUUCUCAAUACCCAAUCACCCUGGUCCAUUGGAGACACUCUCUUUUGAAAUACAUUCACGUCUGUGAACACACACAUCUGAUCCUCACCCAUGGCCAGGCUGGUCUUUGUGCAAAGCCAAUGAGCCUGUUCGCAACUCGCCUCACACUCUUCCCUCCCACUCCCUUGGCGCAAACACCAGCAUCCUAGACGGGCCUCGGCCAUCAUCACCCACGACCACGCUGUCCCACGGCACCCACGCCUGACCUUGCCGACUUGCCCUCCACACACCCGCGCGAGCAGUCCUCUCGUGCAGACGGUCAAGAUGGACCACGCCAUGUACCAUUCUCUUGGCAUGGGCCAGCAAGAUCCCAAUGACCCAAACAACCAGUACAACCAGUCGAACCAGCCCGCACCAAACCAGUUCCAACCGCCCGUUGCUCCCAACCCAUACGAGCAGCAGCAGCAGCAGCAGCAGCAGCAAGGUACUCCUCAGGGACAACAAUACUAUGGCACCCCUUCGCAGAUGCAACCUGGCGGCCCCUCGCCACAGCCGACCCAGGGAUACUUCCAAGGCCAGCCCCAGGCAGACCCAAAUGAUAUCACAGCGCAGAUGGCAGGCAUGUCGCUUGGGGCCGAGGGACAUCAGGUUGGCACGGGAAAACGGAAGAAGAAGGACAGGCACGCAUACCACCAGGUCGAAUCCACCGGCUCGUCUCAGGCCUUCAACGGCAUCCCCCCAGCAGGCACACCUGCCACGGCUUUCCUGAACGCCGACCCCUCAGGAACCACCGGCUUCGUGGGCCAGCCAGGCUUCUCGCCCCAGCCGAACCAGGGCGCCUUCCCGGCUCCCCAUUCCCCGUACACACCCGGUGGCGCUGCCUCCCCAGCGGACUUCGGCGCGAGGAAUGGGUCUGCCGAGGCCGCUGUCGCGGCCGGAGGGCAGAACAAGGUCUCCCAGGACGAGCUUCCCAGCGUGCCCGCCGCCCGAGACGCUGCGCAACAGCACUAUCUGACCAACAUAUACCCUACCUUCGAGAAGCAUGUCCCGCCUCCUGCUUCUGUCUCCUUCGUCGCCUUUGACCAGGGCAACUCCUCGCCCAAGUUCGCCCGCCUAACCAUGAACAACAUCCCCGCCACCUCCGAGGCGCUACACACGACCGGGCUACCUCUAGGCCUCAUGCUUCAGCCACUGGCCCGGGCUCAGGCAGGCGAGGCCGGGGUGCCCGUUCUAGACUUUGGCGACAUUGGCCCGCCCCGCUGCAGGAGGUGUCGCGCAUACAUCAACCCUUUUAUGAUGUUCCGUUCGGGUGGCAACAAGUUUGUUUGCAACCUUUGCACAUAUCCCAAUGAUACCCCUCCAGAAUAUUUCUGCGCAACUUCACCCCAAGGCAUUCGCGUCGACCGGGACCAGCGGCCGGAGCUGUGCCGUGGUACCGUCGAGUUUGUCUGCCCCAAGGAGUACUAUAACAGGGAGCCCGUGGGCUUGCGAUGGCUAUUCGUCAUCGAUGUCACCCAGGAGGCCUAUAACAAGGGCUACCUCGAGGCGUUCUGUGACGGCAUUCUGGCCACUCUGUAUGGUGUGGAUGAAGCCGAGGAGAAGGAUGAGAGCGGAGAGCCAAAAAGGAGACUACCGCCCAACUCGCGGGUUGGCUUUGUUACUUAUGACAAGGAGGUGCAUUUCUACAACUGCAGUGCCGCAUUGGAGCAAGCUCAGAUGAUGAUCAUGCCCGACAUCGAGGAUCCUUUCGUACCCCUGAGUGAUGGGCUGUUUGUCGAUCCCGUGGAGUCAAAGGCCGUCAUCUCGUCUCUGCUUACAAGAUUACCACAGAUGUUCUCCGCGAUCAAGAACCCAGAACCCGCCCUGCUUUCCACCCUGAACUCUGCUGUGUCUGCUCUCGAGAAGACAGGAGGCAAGAUCAUCUGUUCCCUAUCGGCCUUGCCAACAUGGGGUCCCGGCCGCCUCUUCAUGAGGGACGAUGGCAAGCACCCGGGUGGUGAGAUAGACAAAAAGCUGUUCACAACCGAGCACCCCGGCUGGAGGAAGCUGGCCGAGAGGAUGGCUGCCGCUGGGGUCGGAUCCGAUUUCUUCCUUGCUGCACCCACUGGUGGCUAUCUGGACAUUGCCACAAUCGGCUACGUCUCUGCCAUCACCGGCGGCGAAACCUUCUACUACCCGAACUUCGUGAACGGAAGAGACAAUGCCAAGCUAUCCCUCGAGGUGAAGCAUGCAGUCACUCGGGAGACGGGUUACGAAGCACUCAUGAAAGUUAGGUGCUCCAAUGGCUUGCAAGUCUCUGGGUACCACGGCAACUUCAUCCAACAUACGUUCGGGGCUGAUCUCGAGAUUGGAAGCAUCGAUGCGGACAGGGCAAUCGGUGUCACUUUCAGCCACGACGGCAAGCUCGACUCGAAGCUGGAUGCCCAUUUCCAGUCCGCGCUGCUGUACACCACCGCAAACGGCGAGCGCCGGGUGCGCUGCUGCAACAUUGUGGCCAGCGUGAGUGACAAUGCCAAGGAGAGCAUCAAGUUUGUAGACCAAGAUGCCGUUGUCUCCAUCAUCGCCAAGGAAGCCGCGACAAAACUUGCGAGCACGUCAGCCUCAUUGAAGGACAUCAGGCUCGUCCUGCAGGAGAAGACCAUCGACGUGAUGGCGGGCUACAGAAAGCAUUUCGUUUCGCAGUCGUACCCACCAGCACAGCUCGUCAUGCCAGACAAGCUCAAGGAGCUCUGCAUGUACAUGCUUAGCAUGAUCAAGUGCAGGGCCUUCAAGGGUGGCAAUGAGACCUCGGACAGACGCGUCCACGAGAUGCGAAUGAUCCGGGGGAUGGGCUGCCUAGAGAUGAGUCUGUACCUCUACCCGCGCAUGAUAGCCUUGCACAAUCUCCAGGAGACUGAGGGCUUCGCGGACCCUGCAACGGGCCAGCUCAAGCUGCCGCCCACGAUGCGCAACACCUUCAGCAAAGUCGAACCAGGCGGUGUGUACCUGAUGGACAAUGGCCAGCAAUGCAUCCUGUGGUUCCAUGCGCAGACUUCGCCGAAUCUUAUCCAGGACCUCUUCGGCGAGGACAAGACGACGCUGCAAAGCCUGGACGCGUACACGAGCGAGCUUCCUGUACUGGAGACGCUCCUCAGCGCGCAGGUGCGGAAUAUUAUCGAGUUCUGGAAGACGCUCAGGGGUUCCAAGGGCUUCACUGUCCAGCUUGCAAGGCAAGGCAUUGAUGGCGCCGAGUACGAGUGGGCGCGCGGGCUUGUGGAGGACAGGAAUAACGAGGCGCAGUCAUAUGUGGACUGGCUAGUCAACAUACACCGCAUGGUGCAGCUCGAGCUCGCGGGCCAGCGAAAGAAGGAGGUCGAGUCGGAGAACUCGGCCCUGGGCACCUUUGCCGGUCUGAGGCCUGCCUACUGGUAGACCACUUAAAAAACACACGGUGCAAGGAGCCAGGGAGUUGCCGCGUCGAGGAGCCGCCGUCGCGUGUCGGGACCCAGAAGCCGGGGACGGCAGUUGCCGGUAGGCAGAGUCUUUGCAUGGGAGAGAGAGGCGCUGAACAUAUGGAAUGGUUUUUUUUUCCCGCACUUGGAGUUGAGCCCGUAGGGCCAAGAUUAUGCAAAGCGAUGGUAAUGUUCAAUUGGAAGUAUAUGUUGUCGCAUGGUGCAACUGGCAGUAUGAAGAUCCAAAUCCAAAUAUUGCAAGAUCUGUCUCA